CUAAUUAAAUUUUCGUAAUGCGUAGGUUGUCACGAGUGCACUGAUAUAAGUAGGACACGUGACACCCGGGCAACUUUGAGAAAAAAACACUUUAUAUCGGAGCCUGUUGUUCAUACGCGUAUCUGUCCGAUCUUGCCUCCCCCUACUGCCUUCCAUUUUAUAAGACAUUUAUUUGAAUUGUUAGAGCGGCCAGUUGAGUAUCUGGUGGUCAAUAUAAUUGAUCGUCUGUGGUUUCAUAGCUCCAGAGCCAUAUCCGCCCGAAGUUUACCUCCACAUUAUUUGCUAUCGUGCACCCCCUACUGGUGUUGACUGGGAUCACACGCACUGGCACUAGCAGCAGAGAGCCAAGCAGCUGCCAACGCCCGGUGAAGUAAAUACCAGAUUCAGUGAGGAAAAGACAAAAGUAGACAGCACAAAUAUGCAGACGAUUAAAUGUGUUGUGGUUGGUGAUGGAGCGGUGGGAAAAACCUGCCUUUUGAUUUCAUACACAACCAACAAAUUCCCCUCUGAAUAUGUACCAACAGUGUUUGAUAACUAUGCAGUAACUGUCAUGAUUGGCGGUGAGCCAUACACCCUAGGAUUAUUUGAUACUGCAGGUCAGGAAGAUUAUGACAGGUUACGACCUUUGAGCUAUCCCCAGACGGAUGUUUUUCUAGUUUGUUUCUCUAGUGUUUCACCCUCUUCAUUUGAGAAUGUUAAAGAAAAGUGGGUACCCGAAAUCACUCACCACUGUCCCAAGACACCAUUCCUGCUCGUUGGAACUCAGAUUGAUCUGAGAGAUGACCCUUCCACAGUAGAGAAGCUGGCCAAGAACAAACAGAAGCCCAUCAGCCCUGAGAUGGCUGAGAAGCUCGCCCGUGACCUGAAGGCAGUCAAAUAUGUUGAGUGCUCUGCCCUGACACAGAAAGGACUAAAGAAUGUGUUUGAUGAGGCAAUACUGGCUGCCCUGGAGCCUCCGGAACCCAAGAAGAGGCGCAAAUGUGUGCUGCUCUGAGCAUUUCCUCUCCUAUUGGUUAGAGUAUUUCAACAACAUUACUUGGACAAAAGCAAACCAUUGUUGCACAAGAGUACUUCAAUCCUAUUGGUAACUGAUACAAAUACUUUAAAAAUGUUUGCUAAGUAGUGUGGACUUAAUUGAAAUAGAUUGAUCUCUACUAGAUCCUGUGAUAAUUACCCUCUCUUAUAAAAUAAUCUUCUUUCCUUGGGCCAUCUCAGUAUUUUUAAGUUAAACAGAUUGGUGGCUUCAGUCUUGUUCAAGGGUCACAGACGCAAAGCUGAUGAUUGGGACCAGUGACAACAGAACAAAACCCUUUCAUGUUAAAUAGUGUCAGGGCAGCGUUGCCAGUGAUGUAUAAAGAAUUCACGUUUUUAGGUGUAUAUAAUGCCUUUGUGAACACCUGAUGUAAACAUAAAUCCCCCUUCAACUGGGAAAGUUAUGGCUUCGGUAAGUCGGUAUUGAACAAUAUAUACAGUAUGUCAGGGCUGUAUAGUUUUUAUUUUAUUAAAUGCCUUGUCUGUCACAUUGUAAGGUUUCUGCAUUCCAGGCACUUAAGUCUUAGCGCAAAUUGCAGUGUAAACUCAAGACUUUUGCGUGAGGAAAUAAAUUGUUCCUCUGACAGGAACUACACCUUACAGUAUAUUUAUUUGUUUUAUACAAAACUCUUUAAUGUUGACAAUGUGAUAAGUGCAUUUCUUUAAAUGUAUCAACAUAAUAAAGCUUAGAAUUCUCAAG